CCCGGCAGCACUACAAUCUCUGUCAUAGGUGAUGGUGGAUAUGGCUGCUUCAGGCAAGAGUAUUUUGAUCAGUCCCGAUGUAGUUGCAGGUGGCUGUUAUUCUGGUGUAGGAACUCCAUUGACAGAUUACACCGCUUCUCUCAUCAUCUCUUUUGGUUUCUUCCAUGAAAUUAAUGUCUCUUAUGAUGAUUUAAUGAAUUUGCGACAUAUUGUCGCUUGCUCCAUUAGCUAGAAACUCCUCAAAAGAAUGAUUCGCACCAGGGAUGUGUCCUUGAUGUUCUUAAAUUACACUUGUAGUGGAAUGUUUCCCAGUGCAGUGUAGUUUACUGCCCGGACCAUAUCAAAGACGUGGAAGCUUUAUGUUUACUAUGCUCAUAGACUUAGUUCACCACUGUACUACAUUGGGUUCAACAUCAGACAGUUCAGAUGAACCAAAUACUCUCAGCAUUAAAAAGGUUUUGCAUGCCGAUUCUAUGGUUGUUCCACCUAAAGAUGUUAUUGAUACAAUGGCUCUGUAUGUUCUCGAUGGAGGUUGUGCUUUUGAACGAGCCAUAAUGGAUCCUCUCUUCAAUUUCUUCUUUGAGCUUGGGUCAAAGAAAAGUACUUACUACAUUUGGAGGCUCUAUUCUCUUCCUCAGAUUUGAGCACCAGUCAUCCGCGUUGAUAUUGAGCCAAUUGUUGAGGUAUUCAGAGGCAAGGGUGAGCUUUUGACGUCUUGGAUCUGUUUGCCUCUUUUUGUGAUAGUUGUUGGCUAGUUUUUAGCAUUUGAGACAAGUAUGUAUAUUUUUUGUCUACCUUUGGAAUUUGUACUCUAGCUUUUUACAUGUGACUAAUAGGUUUUGUGUUAGAUCUCUUUUGGUUGUAUGUAUUGGCUUCUGUUCUUAUUUUCCGCCGUCUCCUUGAAUGAUAUCAUGCAUCUAUUAUUAAUUGUUUGU